AUGCGCGAAACCGUCAACAAACAAUGUAAAAUCAACUUGAACGAAAACGCUGGUCUCUACAUUCAACACGGAAUGAUGGUUGGCAUUCAAUCGAUAGUAACCUACCUCACACCAGAGAUCCUUAAGGACACAAGGGAUCGUGUGAAAGCAUUGAUCUCAGCCGACUAUGACAAUAUCUGGAAGCGUGGAGUCGAUAUUGUCAUUUUCAAUCUAUCUAUAUAUAUUUAUUUAAAUCAUGAUGAAAUAGAAGAUCGUCAUCAUAACCAAGGAGAAGAUAUAUAUACAACCGAUAUCAAUAAUAUCAAUAAUUAUUAUACUACCAAAAAGAAAGAUGCCAUAUUGAAAUCGAUACCCAAGAAAGAAUCAUAUCAUCUUCCAUUGAUAUCUAAUCAUCAGAAGCAAGAUACAGAACGAUAUCACUUAGAUCAAACAAUCAAUAUAAUCAUUUUAACAAAUUUGGUCAUUGACAAUAAUAUUAAUUAUAAAAUAAAUAAUCAAUCAACAUUUAAUACUGAUAACUAUGAUAAUUUAAAGCAGUCCAUUAGUCAUCUAUUAAACACAAUCAAUACACAUAUAAAUACGAAUGACAAUAUCAAGUUUAUAGUAUCACUUUAUAAUAGUAAUAAUGCAACACAAUAUCAUUCCAAUACACUGGCUGGCAAAUACAAACUGAAAUCCAUCAAAUACAUGGAAACAAACACCAUCAACGAUAUAGAUGAUAUAGUUCCAGAGGAUAUUAAUAAUCCAAUGGCAAUACCAAGUACAAUAAAAAGAGAAAAAACAUUGAUGUUAUCAAAUAUUUUAUCUAUUGUAUCAAAAGAAAAGAGUGAAUAUGUUAUGUUUAUGGAGGACGAUGUUAGGAUGUGUCCGAAUUCACUAUCAACUCUAUCAUAUCUAAUUAAAAAGUCAACAAUCUAUUUACCUAGCUUUAAAUUUAUUAGAACAUCUUUCGGUGUGAAUGGAUUGCUUUUUAAGAGAACAGAGCUGGCAUCGCUGUCUACAUAUUUGAGACAAAACUUUUACCUUAAACCUGUCGAAAUACUAUUUGCCGAAUACAUGUGUGGUAUGAGAGAAUAUGGUUUGGAUAGAACAGGUAUUUGUAAUAUGAAUAAUCAUCAAAGUUUAACAUUUAGAUGGAAUCUUUUAGAGAAACAACAAACUAAUAGUUAUAAUAAUAAUAAUAAUAAUAAUCAUGGUUUGCAACAAGACAAACAACCAAUUUGUUGGACUGACUAUGGUCAGAAGAUAACGGAUUUCGAGGAGUUUAAUGUAACCGAUUGUAGCUACGACGAUCUAUCUCCAUGUAUCAAACAUACCGGUGGCGAUAGAGAUAUAGCAAUAGCGGUGAACUACAAUGAAUUCUACCUUACUCAUUACUUUGCUAGUGUAGAUGACAACUCGACACUGCUUCCCAAGAAUCAGACAUCAUCCAACCGACUGGUCAGCAGGAAAUAUACUGUAUCUUUCAUAGUUCGCACUGACAUUGGCAAUGCUCAUCGUGUUGAGCUACUAGAGCAAGUGCAUUUAAAUUCAUCAACAACAAGCAACAGUACCAAACCAGAGAAAACACCAGUAGGAACCUAUUUAUUUUUAACAUUGAUUUUAAUUUCAAUUUUAAUCUUUUCCUAUUUCUAUUCUAUAUUUAUUUUUUUUGCAAUUAUUUAUAUUAUAAUAAUGAUGAAUCAAGUACCACAACAACAACAACAACAACCAAUACAACAAACAUUAACAGAAGAACAGAUUUGGGAGGUAUUCGAUCAAGCUGUAAAGAGAGUUUUCUUACAAUGGACUGCUUUGCAGUUGGCAGUUCAGAAUGCAUGGGGUGGUAGAUCAUCGGAAGAGAAAGCAGAAGAUAUUCGUCAAGAUAUACUGGAUCUAUUCUUAAUGGGAAAACCAGUGUAUCCAGAUAUGAUUAUGUCGAUUCUAGAAGAUCGUCUAUCAAACGAGUUAAAUACAAUCGCAGAGGAUGACUCUUACAGAGAGGUAUCGGAAAUCAUCAUACAAAUAUUCAAUUUUUGCUGCAAAGGAAUGUUUAAUGAAGUUGUACAAUUAGUCGGAACAGAAAUGAAUACUGCAAUUAGCCAAUGUAUAAAUCCAAGUGGAAUGGAUGAUGAUUCGAGUGAUGAUGAUACUGAUGCAGGUGAUGCAUCUGGAGAUAUGGAGAUGGAAGAUGACACAAUGGUUGAAGAGGAACAACCAAAACCAAAGAAAAACGAACCUGAUGAAGAUGGUUGGAUUACAGUUGGAAGAAAAGGUAGAAGAUAA